UCAAACACGUCACUCGUCUCUGGAUGACAGCUCGCGUAAUGGCAGAUCACAGCUGAUUCACGAGUUCAUUUUUCACUCAACCAAUACGUGAUAUUGAUAAAUUCAUUAUUUCUCACCUGGUGCACUAAUUCCAACGCGAUAUCACCAGGAGAUGAGAUUCAGGUGCUGGAGGGAAUAAACGGAAGACUGUUGGAUUAUCUUGAUGGGCUGAUAUUGUCGUCGUUGAGAUUGAUAUUCUGGGGAUCAUCCGUGGUGUGAUAUUUGAGAGGUAAAGACAGGUUAGCAUUUGGAAUAUUAUUAAUCUUUGUGCAGUGUGGGGGAUUUAUCGUGGGACUUGGUGGAUUGGGGAGAAUGGAAAUUUUUUUUCUGAGUGAUCUUAUCAGGUACGGCUCGUCUAAGGUCUCCGGAAGGCACGUUUACCGUGCAUAAAAUAUAUGGCGAUGGGAACUGCAUGUUUCGAGCUGUCAGUUUCAUCCUCUGGGGAACUGAAGAGGAGCAUCACUCCCUACGAGCACUGGUUGUACAUCAUAUAGUGGAUCAUUGGCGAGAGCAUGCACCAUUCGUCACUGCUGAAUGGAACAUAUCAGAUCCCCAGGAGUACCUAGAUUUCAUGAAAAAUGAGGGUGUCUAUGCCAGCGAACUAGAAUGCACUGUUGCAACUAAACUCUAUGGAUUAAAUCUCGCGAUUUAUCGGAGAGUCAGUGAAUAUGACAUAAAGCGGAUUUUUUAUAAUCGUGUCAGCAUCACCAGAGAAACGGCAAGGCUUUUGUUCACCGGACGCUCAGAUAGCGGUCAUUAUGACGUCCUGUUUCUUGACCCCUGAGAUAUUAUACACAAUGAUCUCCCAGUGUAUUAAAAAAUCCUCCUAACAAUUAGUGCAUUCUCCAACGCCUUUACUAAUGUAACAAAAAUUGUGAUCAUUCGAGUGAUAAAUUAUUGUUGUAAUGAAGUACAAUAUAAAAAAUUUAGCAAA